AUGGCAUUGAUGUGGGCACGGAGUCGCUUUCUGGUUCCUUUUGGUUUUAUUUUCCUGGUAACUUUCAUCUUCUUCCAGUUCAAUCACCGAGGGUCGAAGUCGUCGACUAGUGUGCAUGAUCUGCCCAUUCUUUGGCAGGUAUUCGAGCAAACGGACCGGACUUUCCUUUUCGCAGCCGCCGCCGAGGAGUCAGUUGAUUGCAUGGAAUUUCCAUCCAUUGAGAACGUCAUAGAGGUUCGAGAGAGGUACUCUUACGAAAGAGAAGCAUCGGCAAAGCUUGGUAGAUUGAGGAGGGGCCUGGAGGUAUUCGAACACGAGUCUAGCAGCUGCAGUAUGCUUUUGAGGCAGAGGACCAACCGGCCUACAAUAUCCCGGAAGGUAAAGACACUGUGGAAGGAAGCGUAG